UCCACGCUUUUUGUCUCCAACCUCCCAUACACCGUCACCUCCACCGACCUUCAGACGCUCUUCUCCGACCUCGCUCCCGUGCGUUCCGCGUUCGUCGUCCUUGAACCGGGCACGCGCACAUCCAAGGGCGUCGGCUACGUCUCCUUUGCAAUCAAGGAGGAUGCCGCGACCGCGCUCGACCAGGUCGCGAAAGACGGGCUCGUGCUUGACGGCCGCAGCCUGAGAGUGGGGUGGGCGGCGACAGCCGAGCGCGACGCGAACCCCAAACCGACGCCCGCGCCCAAACCCAAAUCCGAGCCCGCCGACGCGCACCACCCAAAAAUGCCGCACGUCCACGUCUCCCGCGACCCGCUCGCGAUCCGCACCAUCAUCGUCUCCGGCCUCCCGACGCCGCUCGACUCCAACGCGCUCUGGAAGAAGAUGCGCAAGUACGCCGGCGCCGAGCACCUCGAGUGGCCGCUCAAGCUCGGUAACGACGGCGAAGGUGAAGAUCCGAGUACAGCCCACGUCCUCUUCUCCAAGCCCGCCCAAGCCGAAGAAGCGGUGACCAAGCUCCACGCACACGUCUUCAAGGGUGCCCUCCUCUCCGUCACGCUCAAAAAGCGCCUCGAUGCCGUCGCCAAGCCGCCCCGCCGUCCCGCCGCCCUACCCACUUCCACCUCCACAGCCACCCCGACCGCCGCCUCCCUACUCGCGGCCUCAGUAGCUGGGAGACCUGCAGGGCCCGCACCGAGCCGCGCGAGCCGGCUCAUUGUGCGCAACCUGCCGUUCGACGUCACCGAGCAGGACCUGCGUGCUGUGUUCCUACCGUACGGGCCGAUCUACGCGGUACACAUCCCGACGACACUUGAGGGAGAGGAGCAGGAGAAGGGGGCGACGGAGAAGGCGCGCACUCGGGGAAAGGGGUUCGCGUUUGUGUGGAUGUGGAGCAAGAAGGAAGCGGAGAAAGCGAUGGAGGGGUGCAAUGGCACGAAGGUGCGCGCGGGGUUCGCGGCGGGGCUCGUGAAAGACAAGCAGAAGCGGAAGAAGGAGCGGCGGGAGGAUGCGAAGCGGCUCAAGGCCGCAGCCGGCGCGAAGGAUGAUGCCGAGGAGGAGGACGAGGAGGACGGGGAAGGAGAAGGGGAAGCGGAGGCUGGGAAGCGGGGAGAGGGGUAUGGCGAGGAGCGCGUUAUCGCUGUGGAUUGGGCGCUGAGCAAGGAGAAGUGGGAGGAGGAGAAAAAGAAGAUUGCGGAUGAUGCCGAGGACGAGGAUGAGGAGAGCGACGAGGACGAAGAGGACUCGGACGAAGAGGACAGCGCGCUGGGCCUGCAUGACCACGAUAGCGAGGACGAGAGCAGGGGUUCAUCCGCAGACGAGGAUGAUGAAGAAGAUGAGGACGACCGGAGCGACGCGGGCGAGCGCGUCAAGCCCGAGCUGCCCCCACCCGAGGCCGGAACGACGCUGUUCGUGCGAAACGUCCCGUUCUCCGCGACCGACGAGGAGCUGCGCGCACUGUUCCGCACCUUUGGCCCGCUACGCUACGCGCGCAUCACGCUCGACCACGACACGGGACGCUCGCGCGGGACCGGCUUCGCGUGUUUCUGGAACAAGGUCGACGCGGACAAGGCGGUCGCGCAGAGCGAGAUCCUGCGCUCAGACAUGAUGGGCCAGAGCGACGCCCCCAAGAAAAACCCGUUCAGCAUGCCAUCGCUGCUGACGCCCGACCCGUCAGCACUCUCGGCGCAGAGCCUUGUGCUGCACGGGCGCACGCUGGACGUCGUGCGCGCGGUGACGCGCGACGAGGCAGGGCGGCUGAAGGAGGUGGGCGAGAAGGCGCGGGAGAAGGCGGACAAGCGGAACAUGUACUUGUUGCGCGAGGGCGUGAUCCUCCCAAACACGCCCGCGGCGUCCACGCUGCCCGCGGUCGAGAUCGAGAAGCGCACGAACUCGUUCAACGCGCGGCGCGCGCUCCUGCGCUCCAACCCCGCGCUCUACGUCUCCAAGACGCGCCUUAGCGUGCGCCAGCUCCCGCCGUUCGUGACCGAGCGCGGGCUGCGGCGCCUCGCGACGCAUGCGGUGCGCGCGUUCGAUCGCGAGGUGAAGGCGGGGACGCGGGCGGGGCUGACGCGGGACGAGCUCCAGGAGGGAGUCGAAGCAGCGCCUGAGGGCGGCGCGGACGCGGAGAAGGGCAAGGACGCGUGGACGGGCAAGGGCAAGGAGAAGGAGAAGGGGCGCAAGGAGGGGCGCAAGGGGUGGAGCAAGGCCGGCAGGAACGCACCGCUCGUGCGGCAGGCGAAGAUCGUGCGGCAGGCGGACCGAGUCGACACGGCGACGGGGCUCGGGCGCAGCCGCGGAUACGGAUUCGUCGAGCUGCGCACGCACGCGGACGCACUCCGCGUGCUGCGCUGGGCGAAUAACUCGCGCGAGACGGAGGGUCUGUUCGCGCAGUGGUGGGCGGCGGAGGCGGGCGAGCGCGCGACAGCGGAGGAAGCCAAGGGUGAGGACGGGAAGAAGCGGGCGGAGAAGCUGAAGAAGGAGGCGCAGGCGUUUGCAGCGCGGGGCACAGGCAAGGAGGAGGCGGCUGGGGACGAAGUGGAGGCGGCGGAGGGAGUGGCGGAGAAACGUGGAAAGGGGAAGGGGACCCUCAUCGUCGAGUUUUCGAUCGAGAACGUGCAGGUCGUGCAGAGGCGCGCA